CCAACCCGGAAGUCGAGGCUUUCACAAUCCUUAGCUCACAGCCAGGUUGAUGUGGCGUUGUUUGACUGACUGGUUGGUUCGUGCUGGAGGAUCCGCAAGAAGAUGUCUAACCCUACCAAGCAAGACAUUUUAGCAAUUUUCAAACGACUCCGAUCCAUUCCUACGAACAAGGUAUGCUUUGACUGUGGAGCUAAAAAUCCAAGCUGGGCAAGCAUUACCUAUGGUGUAUUUUUGUGUAUUGACUGCUCAGGAACGCACAGAUCUUUGGGAGUACAUUUGACCUUUAUCAGAUCUACAGAAUUAGAUUCUAAUUGGUCCUGGUUUCAGUUACGGUGUAUGCAAGUUGGGGGUAAUGUAAAUGCUAUGUCUUUCUUUCGUCAACAUGGGUGCACCACUAAUGAUGCCAAUGCCAAGUAUAAUAGCCGGGCUGCCCAGCUGUACAGGGAGAAACUUAAAUCAUUGGCUACACAAGCUACAAGAAAGCAUGGAACAGAUUUGUGGUUGGACGGCUUAGGACAGAACCCAAGUUCUCCAACUUCGCCACUUGAAAAGCAAGAAGAUUUCUUUGCUGUGCACACACAGGUUCCUUCAGGUGAUUGGUUGUCAUUGGUAAGUGAGCAAGAUCUUAAGGCAGAAACAAUUCAAGACCCAUCAAAUGACAUUAUUCAGAAACAUGAUGAAGGUGAUCAAAGUGAGGGACCAAGUGUUGACCUGCUCAGUGUGUCUCCGAAAGCUGCACUUGCUGAUUCUGUGACCUUAUCUGCAGGAGUCACACAUAGCAAAGAAUCAUCAUCUCUGAUUAAGAAGAAACCACCUAAUGCCAAAAAGGCUCUUGGAGCCAAGAAAGGUGGUCUUGGAGCCCAGAAAGUAAGCUGCCAGAGCUUCAGCGAAAUUGAGAAGAGGGCUCAGGCAGUGGAUAAAUUGAGAGAAAAUGAAGAACAACAUACUAAACAGAAAGCAGAAAAGGAAGAGACUUUGGUAACAUCUAUGAGACUAGCUUAUCAUGACCUUGAAAUACAACGAGUGAAGGACAAUGAAAAGCUGAAGAAUUUGGCAGGCAAGAAAAAGGAGCAGGCGGAAAGGCUGGGAAUGGGUUUUGGCAACAGAAGUGGUGUUUCACAUUCCGUGGUUUCAGACAUGCAGAUAAUACAGCAGGACCUCCCAUCUGGGUCUAAACUUUCAAGAAAAAAGUAUAUUGAAGAUGAAUCGGAAAAUGAUAAUUCAUCAUUUAGUUCUAAAUCCAGGUACUAUGGUGACUCUGACUCAAGUAGUUUUUUUUCCAAAUGGGAAGACAACAGUGAUGCUUCUUGGAAAGAGACCAGCCAACCAGAACCAGAGACCAUUGUUAGUGCAAAAAUGUCAUCAUUUGAUGAAAGACUAACAACACGUCGAAAACAGGAGCAUGAACCCAGUUCUAUGGAUGAUGCCCAAAAAAAGUUUGGAAAUGCAAAAGCAAUUUCAUCGGACAUGUAUUUUGGGAAACAAGACGAUUCUGAAUAUGAAGCCAAAACAAAGCUAGAAAGGUUUUCUGGGAGUUCAUCAAUAAGCUCAGCAGAUCUCUUUGAUGAUCAAAAGAAACAGAUAGGGAAAUACAGCUUCACCAAUGUUAUGCCUUCUGCUCCUGAUAUGAGUCAGCUCAAACAAGGAGUCAAAUCAGUGGCAGGGAGACUGUCUGUACUGGCUAAUGGAGUUAUGACUUCUAUUCAGGAUCACUAUGGCUCAUGAGAACCCGUUGAAAAUAAGAUUUUCUGCAGUAAUUGCAUAAAUACUUGGCCUAAGACUGAGAAAGUAAAUAAAGCAUACUUUUCAAUGCUUUUUAAAGUUAAAGGUUGUUUAUAGUCCUGUAAAAAAGGACAUAGAAUUGAAGGAAUAUCUAUUUUCUACAAAUUUAUUUCUUAUAAUAAUCAGAAAAUAAUAUCAUGGUGUGGGAUUCUUGCAAUAUGUAACCUGUAUUUUUAUUCACAUACUUUGUAUCAAUUAUUUACACUUUGUUUAGUUGUUACUGGCUUUGGCCACAGUGGAAUAAUUGCAGAUCAUUGUCUAUUGGGAGUGUCUUUCUCUUUCUAGUUACUUCAGCUUGCAUAUUUGUAUAGAAGUUGUGCAUAUGAUUUAUAUAUAAGCCGAAAUAGCUCUGCAACUAAAAUGCAUCAUUCCUUAAACAAAUAAAAUAUUUUGAUUGCAUUUUUAUAUUACUAUUAUGUCAUCCAGAAGAAAGAUGAGUAAAUCGUUAUAAAAGUGCACUUAAAAGAAAUAGUCAAAAUUUCUAUAUUGUUCAAUCCAAAUAAACCAUGUUUGCAUGAAUUGUUCAUUUUAUA